AGAUGAAAAAUUCCUGACCUCAAGGAGCUUCCUGGAAAGGGUCUCUCAUAGGAGACAGGAUCUUUAGAGCAGUGGGAGCGAGCAGGGAAAGCCUUCUGGGCAUGAGACAUGAAAUGCCAGUUACUGGGCACAGCUCCCUCGUACUAGAACAGAGAAUUUGUGGAGGGGACCAUGAGGAAAUUAGAUGGAAAAGGCAAGUGGGAGUCAGAUGGUGGAGGGCUUUCAGUGCCAGGCUGAGGAAUUUGUGUUUGAUCCUGGAGGCAGUAGGGGGCCACUGAAAGUUUGUGAGGAUGGCAACUGUGGGACCAGAGAGAAUAGAGAUGUAUGGGUGGAAUCGGCACGAUCCGAUGAGGAGUCAAAGAGAAUGUCAAGGUUGCAAAACUAGGUCACUGAAAAUGUACCCCCGGUAGGGAUAAGAUGGGAAACUGAGGCCCAGAGAGAUGAAAUGAUUUGCACAAGGCCACACAACUAGCCAUUGGCAGGGUCAGGAUUCCCCCCUAAAUCCUCUGACUGGGAUGCCCUUGUCAGGACAACCCAGCCCUUCCUGGGGGAUUCUUCCUAUCCGUCCACUGCAGGUCAGGCCCCCCUCCAGGUGUGCACACAUCGGUGCCCCUCUGUGACAGAAAAGAGAGAAACAUUGCCCUCACCCUUGUCAACCACUGGCCAUGUCCCAGUGGGGUGAGGAAGGAAAAGGGGUGUCCCAUAGGAGCCUGGGGUCAAGUAUUAGCAGCCCUGGCCCAGCCACCUCGUCUGUCUCAAGUCAUUUCUCAGAGCCUUUUCUGUUAAAAAAAAAAGGGGGGGUGUUGACUAAGGUCCCUCCUAGCUCUAAAUCCUUCACUCUUAUGAUUCUUCCCUCUCUGGGCCUGUUUCCCCUUCCAAAAAAUGUUCUCUUAGGUUCAUGUAGGAUAUAUGAGGUCCCUUCUGGUUCCAGACGUCUCCGGAACGCCAGACCGCUUAUCAGAUAACUGGGUUCAUGCCUCUUCUUCCUCCUCCCUGUCCCAGCCCUCAGACACAGGAGCAGGAAGAAGUUCCGGCCUGUGAGGAGGGUCUACCCACCAGUGACACCGAUGAGCACAAUGACCCCACUCAACUCCUACAUGACCCUGAGUUCCCUGAGCCCCCCAUACCCACCUCCUGGCCUCCCAGCCUCACCCCUUCCAGCUGGCCCCCUGGCCCCAACAGCUCCCCCGGCUCCUCUGGGACCUCCAUUCCCAGCUCUGGGACCCAGUGGGGGCAGUGGAGGGGGCCCUGGGUAUGCUGGCCCAGGACCUGUGUUGGGUCGGCCGAAGGAGGCCCAGAAGGGCAGUUACCGCCGUCCUCUGGCCCAUGCCAAACCCCCAUACUCCUACAUCUCUCUUAUCACCAUGGCUAUCCAGCAGGCCCCUGGCAAGAUGCUGACCCUGAAUGAGAUCUAUCAGUGGAUCAUGGACCUAUUUCCUUACUACCGAGAGAACCAGCAGCGAUGGCAGAACUCCAUCCGCCACUCACUCUCCUUCAACGAUUGCUUUGUCAAGGUGGCUCGGUCCCCGGACAAGCCUGGCAAAGGCUCUUACUGGGCCCUCCACCCAGGUUCCGGCAACAUGUUUGAGAAUGGUUGCUAUCUCCGGCGGCAGAAACGCUUCAAGCUGGAGGAGAAAGUCAAGAAAGCUGAUGGUGGGGGUGGAGGGCCAGGUGGCCGGGGAGCCGGAGCUGCCUCAGCUUCCUUGUCCUCCUCCCCACCUCCACCACCUGGGCCCCCUCCUCCGGAGGCAGAGGCCCCGGGUGGGGGGGAGGGAACAGCAGGGACCCUGAACUGCAGCUCGCCCCCACCCUCCGGGGGGCCCUAUUUCCCUGGCUUGGAGCUCCCCAGUGAGCUGAAGUUGGAUGUCCCCUAUAACUUCAACCACCCCUUCUCUAUUAGUAACCUGAUGUCGGAGCAGGCAGCACCAACCCCAUUGUCACAGGCAGCUCCCAAGCUGGACGUGGGUUUCCCUGGUUAUGGGGCAGAGGGUGGGGGUGGACUUGGUGAGGCUGGUGUCUACUACCAGGGCCUGUAUACCCGCUCUCUGCUCAACGCGUCCUAGCCACAGGGGAGUAGCCAGUGGAGUGGAGAGAAAGGGGUGGGCCUGGGAUGGUAAGGUGAGGUUGUCAUCUAUGGGGACAGGCAUGGCUCCUGUGUCUGUUGGAAUGGAUUGCUGUCUUGGUUGGCUGCUGGCUGCCAUUUCGGUUGGCAUUCUCCCACUGGUCAUCAUGAUGGCUCUCAUCCUUUCUUUCUGGCCGCCAUUUUAGUCAGUGUCUUGGCUUAUCCCCUCAGUCAUCACAUUGGCUGCCAUUUUCCCCUCCAUGUUACAAUAUUCUAAUUGGGAUUGGUUGAAGAGAUUGUGGCAGGGGAGUCAGUUUGAGCUGCUCCCUUAACUGGGUGGACCAGUGCAGCGAGGGGGACUCUGUCCAAGAAGGGACUAUCCCUUCUCAGUGGCUUUUGGGCUUGGACAUUAAAGCUUUUCUCUCCCCUCUCA